UGACCUGUACUUGUUGAUCCGAUGGCAGCUAUCUGAAAGGGACUGAAACAAAACAACUGUUAUCGCUGUUUAUCAUUUUCUAGCUCCGAGGAUGAAACUGUGAGGUUGCAGUCAUGCCAGUCAGGGCGAAGACAUCAUCUGAAUACGUGAAGAAGUUUCGAUGGAAUGACUCCAUCAAGUCGGCUUCAUUCACCCCCACGAAAGAGCAAAAUGCACCCCAGGCUGGAUUGUCCUCUGUUGACUACGCGGAUAGCUUUGCAAUCACGCGGGAGCCACCACUCCAACGCAGGCGGAAACCUCUGCAAGUAGACAACAAGAUGACCUACACUACGAAGCAGUUCGUGACUACACCCGACUCGGACGACAGCAGUGAUAUAGGCAAACCAAACAAGAUACCUGGCUCAUCACUUUCAAAGACUUUCCUCAAGAAAGUGGACAUGCCUGCAAUAACCAGGCCGCCCAUUGACAAGAAUUUAAAGACAGAGAAAAACAAAGCCAUUGCAGCAAAAACGAGAGUUAUAUCCAGACCCAGUCAGCCACCUCCCCCGACGAAGAAGAUGGCCCCUCCAUCUCCGACCAAGACAGAUAAAGGUCCAGCCAUCACCAAGUCAGAUAAGCAUGUUCCAAAAGCAGGGGGCGAUGCUUCAAAAACAAAGGGCAAAGCUGAACAGGAGACUGAUGAAGCGUUACAGUACCGGGCUGGUAUCCGCGCAAGGCCUGGUGGUCCCAAAUAUUCAUCAGAGUACCAACGACAGUUUGAUUGGAAGCAACCAUCAAAAGAAUCACCAUUAAUGGCUGCAGAACAGAUGGUACAUAACUCCAAUGCCAACCUGGCUCCUUAUAUACCUGAUAAGAUACCCAAGCAUACAGAAUACCAGAGGCAGUACAAACAAAACCAUCCCGGUCCAUUAGCACAAGAGCAGCUUAUGCAGAAUGCACAACAAGAAAUCAAAGCAAAGUACAGAGUCAAAACAAAGAGCAAACGGGCCAAGAAGCUGACCCCUGAUAAACAUCAUCCAGCUGGAGUACCAUCGGUCAUCUCACAUGAUGAUCCAAGACUCGUCAAAUCGUCACAAAAUCCACAGAGACCCUUCUUUCCACAUGCUACAACAAGGAAAUGGAGGUCAGAGUACAAAUCAAACUUCAAGACCCCUGAGGUGUUCAGUUACGAGAAUGGGGUGUGGAAGGGGGCUGAUCCUCCCCAUAUCCAACCCAGGGAUGACUCCUCUGAUAGAGGGGCUACUAAACCAGAGCAGCUGACCCGGUCAAAGUCUGUCGGAGAUCUACCUAAUUGGUUCUCAGAGGUUUUAGAAUUGCGUGAGAGAGCAAGACAGUACCAGAAGCGUUCCCGAGGCACUCAUUUCUCCCGGGAGCACCUAGCUCAACUACUGGCUUCUCAGGCUAAGUUAUGGGAGGAAUCUAGUGAUCAGCGUAGUAUAUCAAGCUCUAUCUCCACCCAGACUUCAGGCUCAGAAAAGAAAGACAAACCAAAGGAGGAACCACGUCCCUCGACGAGUGCUCCAGACUUGGGCCAUGAACCAACAAGGAGGAAGCUAGCUUGGCAUGCCAAUAACAACAAAGCAGCGGAAGAACCAAAUCAAAACAUAAACACUGCACCUCUUGACAGGAGAUCAAGCAUCAGCAGUGUUACAACCCUAGACCCAGUGCCCAGCACGUCCUCCAUGAGUUCAGAUAUAGAGAGCAUCGAAGAGAAUGGGCGGCUUCCCACCCCAACCCUCGUAGAGACGGAGCCAUCACAUGGAACCAAGAGGCAUCAUUUAGACAGGACCACUCCUGCGAAAGGAGGAGCCUUGCUGACAUCGCCAGCGUCGAGGAGGAGGGCACACCAUGUUCCUAAACCUACCACAACCUACCCUAGGCAAGGGGAACAGAUGAAGCCAAGUAGUCGUACAUAUGUUGCAAGGUCUGCCCCUGCGAAAGCAAUCAUUCCUGGAGGCAUCACUAAAGGCUUUGAGUACGAUAGUGAUGACGAUGAGGAGGAUGAUGUUGAUCUAGACCGAACACUCACCCAGGGCCAGCAAACACCACCUCGCAAUUCUACACAGCAGAAACAACUUGGAAGAUUCUUGCAAACCUCGCCAUUAGCUGGUAGGAGAACCUCUGACCCUCAUCCACUCAACGAGGAACUGAUAUCCCCAGGCUUCCAAAGGCACUCGGAAAGAUUCUUUGAAACCAGUCCUGGGAUGCCCACAAUUCCAAGCAAGAUCGAACCGCCAAAGACGUGGGCGGCCCCUCGGGCGGGUCUAAAAACAGCUCCUCAUGCUGGGAAAGGCCCCCUUGAAAGACCCCACUCAGGAAGCAUCGCAGGACGGCCACAGACGGCUGUCCCGCAAACGAGAGACGCAGCCUCUCAGCAGGUCCAGCGACUCAAUUCCUUCAUGUCCCCCAGAUCCAACGGUCCAGAGUCUCCCGACGAUUGGGACCUGACCCCGCCCAGGGGCGGGGGAAGGGGGAGGAGAGACAGCGAUGAGCUCUCGUUAUCAACCAUGUCCAAUGCAUCCAGCUCCACGCUGGCGUCGGAAGUGCUGGAGAGAGCAAAGAAGAGGCGUGAUGAGUUCUGGGGUAAAGAGAAGAGAGAUUGAAGCAAUGCGUUAUUUGAAUGAAUUUAUUAUGACGAUAAUGAUAUUCUUUAUCAUGUAUCAAUUCAAUGGAUAGCACCUCUGUAAUAAUUUAUUCUGAAUUUGUUGAAAAUAGAAACAAAAUAGAUAUAAAUAGGAUCCAAUAUAAAAAGCCUUCCAUUGUUAAAAAGAAAUUAAUUAGAUAUUUUUACCAUGCGCCAUACAUGGCCAUUAUCACGGGUGCUUUUUGUUGUAAUGCACCAGUGAUUGGCCAAUAUUCAGUCCGGAGAUAAUGAAUUAUCAAUUUAAUGCAAAGAUAUGAAAAUAAGAAAAUAUAUAUAGAUAAAAAAAUUAGAUAAAAGAUAAUAUGAAAGAAUGUAACACCAUAUUAGAAGAUUAUGAAUAAAAAAGAAAAACACAAAUAUUCACAAGAUGAUUGUUCAAUUCAUUUGAUGCAAUCAAUCAUUGAACCGUGUUCUACGGUUGAUUGCUCAGAAAUUAUAAUUAUUCUGUUGGCUGACAACGAAAUUCACACAAAAUUCCAACAAGGGUUUAUCAAACAGGAUUUCUCUCUUUCCAAACCUAUCAUUUUCUACUUCCUUAUUUUUGGUCAGUAUUGCCACCAAGCAAAUCCAAGGUGUUAUUCGCAUUAUUUGAUAAUUUUUGAUGAAAUGAAAAAAUUUCCAGAGAAAUUUGAGAUACGAUUUUCAUUUCUGCCAAGUAAAAAAUAAAAGAAAAAGUAACAAUAGGGAUUUUCUCUUAUAUCGAAAGAGUGGUAUUUUUUUUCGUCACUCCGUUUUCCUGACUAUGAAACAUCAAUGAUAGUUUGGUGUCUUUUGGAAACAAAAUGAUGACAUUAAUUUCUUCUCACAAAGAGUUCAUACUUAGCACUUGCCAUUUAUUAGUAAAACCAAGUUUGGGCAAAUAUAUUUUAAAUUUUUUUUUUCAAAAGUUUUUCUUCUAAAUAUCUGCAAACGAUUUCUCAGGCAAUUUUUUACCUUGUAAAUUGUGAGAGGCCUAUUUUACUUCCUUAUAAUUUCUUAUUUCAAAUAAGAUUAUUUAUUUAUUUCCUUGUGCUUUUACCUGUAAAAAAAUGUAUUAUAGAACUUUUUUGAAGUGAUAUGUACCAUUAUGUGCAGUUUUGAUUCCUAUUUUUGUAAUAUAUAUGAAUAGCCCUUUCGUUUUUGAAAUAUUUUUUUAUUUGUAAUUGUAAAUAUUUUAUUUCCUAGUACAUGUAAUAAGCAUUGUAAAAUGAUUUUUUCUUUUAAUGGAGAUAGAUGUAGUUUGAAUUGAUUUUAGAGUUAAUGAACUAGAGAGGAUUCAUAUUGUGAAGUCAUUUUGGGAGGCUUGCAAUAUACAUGUAGGAUGUGGUAGGACCAACACUUCCUGUAGUCAUGACAUUUGGUCAGUUGUAUUUGGUCUUUCCAAAGUAGAUAAUCCUUUGUGAUAAAUCAUAUCAUUGACAUAAGUCUCCUUCCUUGUGUAGACAUUCUUUACAUUCCACAUUUUUCAACCAAUUAUAGAUAAUGAAAAUGCAGUAUUUGUAACCCAUGAAUGUCAAUGAUGUAUGACGAAUUGGAUGUUGUGAUAUGUAGUAUUAAAGACAAUGCAACUUAGCCUUUUGUAAUGCAUUAACAAUCUAUUUUUCCACAGAAUAUUCCCUUCAUGUAGCUUGACUUGGAUGGAAACAUGUUUAAAUGUGAACUCCAUGUCAAAGUACUGUUUUGGAUUAAAUGAAUUCUCGAUUUCUGAA